UCGGCCGUUUACCCUCACCGGAAUAAGCAGAAACAAUGGUCUUUGUAGAGCUUGAAGAAGAUGUAUGAAACAAAUGGAUUCGAGAGUGUGAACAAAUCUCUCUCUCUCUCUCUCUCGAUUUACAUUUCGCAAUUUGAAAAUCAAUCGAUGGGUAGCAAACGCCGGAGAUCGGUGAUAGCCGUGAUUUUCAUCUGCUGCGCGAUUUCUUGCUUGAAUUUUAUCUCAAGUGAUCAGGUUGGAACAAAUCACAGAGAUCAUAAUCCUUGGUUAUGUAUCUCUGAUCGAUACAUUAUGCAAUCUUAUUUCACUACACGCACUUCCUUAGGAGACUCAGAGUUUCGAGACUACCUGCUUCUUCAAGAAUGUUCUGAUAAGAUUCCUUUUAAAGAUCCAAACAUUGUUUCAUUGCUUCAACACAGAAACAUAACAGGUGAAGGUUCGCAUCGUCAUCUACUUACAUCCAUCAAGCUUCUUCCUCUUCACUCACAGUCUCAGUUUAACGAGCUCGUCAUUGUUGAACGGUUGCCUUUGGGAGUUUUUGCUGACCCUUUUGAGCUUCAGAAUCUUCAGCAACGCAGAGCUUUCAGAGACGUGUCUGUGUUUGGAGACACGAAUCUCGAGCUGCCUUCGUUCAGAUCAAACAGGUCUGUUGUUGAGAUUCAUGUCGAAAUCAGUUCUAGAGAUUAUGAAAAUGAAAAUGGUGAAAUCAGCGUAAAGCUUCCUUUACAUGCUCGGUAUCAGCCUCUGGGAGAUAGUGGUUACUCUAGAGUGGAGUUUGGGGAGCCAGACUUGUUCUUGUGCUCGAGCCAUGUACCAAACCAGCAACAUGAACAGAGAAGAUGUUUGGUUUUGUCGAUUGGCGGAUCCAAGACUGAAACCGGAUCUGUUGUCUGGGAAAUCCCAGCCGGAAUCAGGAGUCACACAGAGUAUGUUUCCGUUUUGACAUUUGUGGCUGCGGUUUUAUCCGCGUUUUCUAUCCUUGUGGCAUCUCUCUUGAGCUCAAAGGUUGAAUCUUGUAAGCACCCGAAGCAAUCAUGAAUCAGCUUUUGGACUUCUUUGUGAUAGUCAUAGACUCAUAGAGACUUGACACUUACGACAGAGAGUAAAAAUUUUCCGUUUUUUUUUCUCUCUUCUAUAAUCCUUAAUUAACCUUGGUCCUUACAAAAAACUUGGGCAGAACGUUUUUGCUUAAAUUUGGGC